CUCUUUUCGAUUUUAUCACCGAUUUUGAGGCACCCUAUAUAAUCCCAUCGUUAUAAAAUCUACAAUACAGAUGCCACUGAUGCCAGUACGAUGCGAGUAGUGCGAGUAGUGCGAUCAGUGCCGGUUCUUUUUAAACGUUUGGUAACGCGCGUCAAACGGAUCUGAUCGUCGGUAAACAGAAAACAUUUUAUUCCCUUGACACGCUCGCAAAACUGCUGGUCAAAAUGGCGGAAAAGAAUGACUUGCCGGGUUCAACCUCGACUACUACCGGACAAGAAAGCCAACAACUGAUUUUAAGUUUCGUCGGGGAAAUCGUGAAGAGCCCGAUAAAUCUAAUUCUAGUAGCCGUGAUCGCCUUGUUGGUUUACAAAAUUGUUAAAAGUAAGACAAGGGCGGAGAAACCUAUGGAAGAAAUAAAGAUAUUGCCGAAACUACGACGUGACUUUACAGUGCAAGAAUUGACAAAAUACAACGGCACAGAACCAGACGGACGAAUAUUGAUUGCUGUCAAUGGUAGCGUUUACGAUUGUACCCGUGGUGCCAGAUUUUAUGGACCCGGUGGUCCAUACGCAGCAUUUGGUGGACGUGAUGCUAGUAGAUGCUUAGCAACAUUUUCAAUAGAUGUACCAAAAGAUGAGUAUGAUGACCUAAGUGACUUGAACACUACAGAAAUGAAUUCUGUGAUAGAAUGGGAGGAGCAAUUUAAAGAGAAGUAUGAUUAUGUUGGAAAAUUGCUGAAACCUGGUGAAGCACCUACCAGUUAUUCAGAUGAAGAAGAUGAAGGUAGUCAGCAAGAGACUGAAUCAAAAUCUGAACAACCAGAAAGUGAAACAAAGUCUGAUCAUCAAGCGGCUAAUGCAAAAACCAAGGAUGAUUGACCACUUGAUUGUAUAUCAAAUGCCAAACAAUUUCAAAAGAAUAUUGCGCACAUACCAUUAUUAAAGAAACUUUUAAAAUCAUGGCUCAUGGAAAUAUUUCUGGAUAUUCAACUAGAUAUUUUGCUACGUAAUAAUGAUAUUAAAAUAAAAAGUAAAGUGGUAUCUUUCGAUCAAGUUAGAAGUAUGUAAAUGUUCAAAACUGGUAUUAAAUGCGAAGCCUUUUUUUAAAUAUGUAAUUUUCCAAACAAUAAGAGCAUUUGUAUGGUAAAAAUGUU